AUGUUCCAAUCCUUCACCGGCAACGCUCGUCGCCCACGCCAAGUGAACCUCAGCGGUCGCACCACAAACCCCUUUGCUGCAUUCCCAGGUGGCUCCGCGGCUCGACAAACCCCACAUGCCUCGAAUCCUCAAAGCGCAGUCGCAAUUGCGCAGCAAGAACGCCUUGCGAGACAACGGGAGAGGGAGCGGCAGAGUGCCAGCCGGGUUCUCCAGCGGACAUGGCGAGGUUACCAGAGUCGGAUGAGGACACGCGACGUGUGGCGGACGGAGUGGGACAUAACCGAGCGGAGGAGGGCAUCAGCUAUGGAUGUCGACGACUCCGAGGGUGAUCAUCCCAUGUACCUGUCUCGUCGUCCCACACCCUAUGCGACGGCAGAGGAGUGUUUGUCCCAACUCCGGCUGCUUGUGCAGUUUGUGGGAGCGGGACAAAAAACAGACGACGUAGUUCGUCUGAUCUACUUCUCCAGCGCAUUCGAGCAGACAUUUCACUCCCUGCCCACCAUCGCUACAGAGGGGGAAUGGACGGAACUCCUGAAGCGCUUGGCCAGGGCCAUGCUUUACGUCUUAUCCUCCGCUGCUGACAACCCUACUUGCCGGGUCGGAGUGACACCCUUGCUCCGGACGGUCCUAUUUCUCGCUGGGCUGAUUCCGAAGAAAAUGGCAACCAUAGCCAACUACUAUUUCCAUGCCAUGGCAUCCCUGACAGUCAACAUUCAUGUGCUAUCCGCCCAGACGGGGCUGACCCCCGAGGAUAUGCUGGAAGGUGUGCUCGCGAUGCUCCGACCGAUCACCUCAGAGACCAUGACGGCCUAUGAAUCAUUUGCGACAGCGUACCUCACAGUGCCCAACCUUGAGUCAUUCCUUGGAAGACUCGACGGGCUUGCAAGCCAAAUCAAUUAUAAAAUGCUCGCUUCAGCGGUUGGGACUCGUCUCGCCCAAGAGAAAGCGAAGUCUCUCAGCUCUAGUGAUAUUGAACAUCGUCUCUGGCUUCUUGCAUACCUCAUCUUCUUCCACCGAUAUGCCCUGGGCAGCCAGGCGAACCAUCGUGCUCCUGAACUGGAGUUUGUAUCUGUGGUCUCAGAACUGCUCACAUCAACUGCCACUUAUAUCUCCCGACGCAUGGAAAUGGAAGAAGCGUCGGAUUCGGAAGUUGCCUCUGAAGACUAUCUGGACCCAUUUAUCAAGGAUCAACUCAGUGGACUCAUUAACCAGGAGAGUGUGACGGGGUUGCUUUCUCGAAUUCGGUCGUCUCACCUGUCGGAGACAGACCUGGCAAUUAGCGAUUCCGAGGCGUCAAACGAGGCUCGAGUGCUGGCUACCUAUGCAUUGACUUUGCUGAGAGUCUUCCCGCGCCGAGGAGAUGACAUACGGAUGUGGCUGUAUCUCGGCUCGGCGCCUUCGGGUGACCAAAUCUCUGGUCAGCCGGGGGCGAAGAUUCCAGCCAUCAAGUAUUUCUGGCAAGCAUCUCGAUCCAGUCGCAUUUUCCAAACCAUCGGCAAGGAUUCAACAAAAGUUCUCCCAUUAUUGAAACUCGCUGAAGAUACAAAUGGAUUGGGGUCGAUCGAUAAUCUUCGAAAGGAAAGAGAGCAGGAGUGGACAAUCAUACUUCUUUUCCUUGAACUCUACACUUUUGUUUUGAAAGUCAUGGACGACGAUGAGUUCUUUUCUAGUGCAUCCUCCUUUGCUGCGUCAUCAAACGCACAGGCAUCUUGGACAAGAGAGAGUGCCUUGCCCUUGAAGGAUGUGAAGGAGAUGACACUGUUCCUUAAAAACCUUGGCUUCACUCUCUACUGGAACUCCGCCGAUUUGACCGAGAGAGAUCCAGUUGAGCAAAAUGCGGGCGACCUCCGCAGCUACUUCAGCUCCUCGAGGCAACUUCCUGGCGUUACCACCAAAGCCGAUGAGGUAGAAGCGAAGGCCCUUGUCAACAAUCUCCCGGGAGUGACAGAUAUCCCGCUUGACUACUUCAAGGGGCUGGUCACGGGGUUACUUCGAAUGAUACACGAACGAGACUCCCGGCGAAAAUUUCUCCCUCCCAAUCACUGGCUCAUGACGGACCGUUUCGAUAUGGAGGGAUUCAUUCCGGCUGUUGUGGCCGAGGAAGAAAAACGGCAUGAAUUUCAGGAAGACGAAGACGACGAUGCGGAUCUGAUGGAUGACGGGCUGAACGAGGUUCAUGGAUUCGCCGGGACUAGUCACGCCCAACAGGCGAUUCGAAACGAAGCCCUGCGACGCCGUCAACAGCGUGCAGCCCGGGGAAAGGUACUGGCGACUAUCGCUCCUAGACUCGAGAUCUUGCGGAACAUGCCUUUCUUUAUUCCUUUUGCCACCCGUGUGCAAAUCUUUCGUCAAUUCAUUUUUCGUGAUCAGCUCCGUCGCAGACAAGGAUAUGUCGAUCCAGACGCAUGGCGCAUGUCCGUCGCUCAAUCCACUAUGGGACAGAUGUUGAACAACCAACCUGCUGCCAACGAUAUCUUGGCUCGGCAUCAUGCCGACAUUCGGCGGGAGAGUUUGUUUGAAGAUGCGUUUUCCCAAUUCUACGAGUUGGGAGAUGGUCUCAAAGAACCGAUCCAGAUCAGCUUCAUCGACCAAUUUGGGACGAUGGAGGCCGGCAUUGACGGAGGUGGAGUGACUAAAGAGUUCUUGACUAGCGUCACCAACGAAGCCUUCAAAACUGAGACGGAGUCGCCUAUGUUCUCCGAGAAUGACCAUCACUUGCUCUAUCCGAAGCCCACGGCCGUUGAGCAGUGCCGCGCACAACUACGGGCGGCCGGAUUGUCGGAGACCAGUGCCGAGUACUCGGCCGGCAUACGCGCACUCCUCCGUCGUUACGAAUUUCUUGGUCGGAUAAUCGGGAAGUGCCUUUACGAAGGAAUCCUGGUGGAUGUCAACUUCGCUCCGUUCUUCCUCCUGAAAUGGGCGUUGACGGGUGGUACUGGGUCUGCGGUGAAAGAGUCUUCGUACCGCGCGAACCUGAAUGAUCUGAAGGACCUUGAUGAGGGUCUCUACCAGGGCCUUCUGCAACUUAAGAACUACCCUGGGGACGUGGAGGAUUUCGCGCUUGAUUUCACCGUCACGGACACCAUUCCGAUUCCCGGGGCGACGAAUCGCACAGUUACCAAAGAUUUGAUCUCACAGGGCUCGACGACUGCAGUGACAAACAAGAACCGACUAGUGUAUAUAUCCUACAUUGCCCGCUACCGCCUCCAACUCCAGCCCGCUCUCCAAACCAACGCCUUUUUGCAGGGGCUGGGGCAGAUCAUCCAGCCGGCCUGGAUCUCUAUGUUCAACCAAGCCGAGUUGCAAACGCUGGUGAGUGGCGAAACAGGCGACAUUGACGUGGAGGACCUGCGACGCAACACACUGUACGGAGGGGUCUAUACGGUCGGAGAUGAUCUCCAGGAGCACCCGACCAUCCAGCUCUUCUGGGAGGUGAUGCACAAGAUGAGCAACGAGGAGCGUCAGAAGGUGUUGCGGUUUGUGACCUCCACACCCUCGGGCCACCUGAACCCGCGCUUCAGCAUCCGCGACUCCAGCGAGGAUCAGGAGCGGCUCCCUAGCACCAGCACCUGUGUCAAUCUACUCAAGUUACCGCGGUACUCGAAUGCCGAGACGCUGCGAACCAAACUGCUGUAUGCGGUGAGUUCCGGGGCGGGUUUCGAUCUGAGCUAG